AUGCCUGAAGCCCAGACAUAUUGUGUCCCAGACCAAAUAAACUCGCGAAAUCCGAUUCUGGUUUGUAGCGCUGCUCAAGCCUCCUCAAAUGGCUUCUGCGACGGCGUCUUCGACUAUAUUAUAGUGGGUGGCGGCAUUGCUGGCUGCAUGCUCGCUUCUCUCCUGUUGAAAUCGAAACCAUCGCCCUCUGCUCUGUUGAUUGAAGCCGGCCCUGAUAUGUCAAAUCACCCACUAACCCAGGCUCCUUUGGCCUGUUUUGCCGCACACGGAUCCGACAUUGACUUGAAUUAUAAAACUGUACCUCAAGCCCACCUCGACAACCGACUUCUAUAUGAAGCCGGUGGGAAAGCCUUCGGUGGCGGUAGCGCAACCAAUUAUGCCACCUGGACUCGUGGAUCGAAAUUCGACUAUGACCGACGGGGUGGACUCCUGGGAGAUUCGAGAUGGAGUUAUAACGGGCUCCUACAUUAUUUCGAGAAGAUUGAAAGAGACUAUAUAUCAACUGUAGCAGUAUCGGAGAGCAGCUCUAGCCGCAAAUAUCCAUUGCGCGAUCAAGUGUUGAAGGCAUGGCUUGGUCUUGGACUGGAUAAAAUCGCAAACGCCAACAGUGAUGAUCCCAUAGGGUGUCAGAGAAAUGGUCGAGAGCUGGAAGGAUGGGGGAAGGCAGCUGACGAGCAUAGCGUUUGA